GAAAAUAAGAAUAAGAAAAAUGCUGACGCUUGUGUCACUUCAGAUGGACAUAAUUCUUUCCCAGGUAGAGCAACGUCUGAGCGUCAGAUAUAGGCCUACUAUUCACAGAAGUGCAAAUCCUUGAGAAGGUCAGAUAAUGUGGCUGGUGAAGUGGGUAUAUAACAAGUUUGUCUUCGUGAUUGAGUCCUGUGUUGCAGCUAAAAAACACAAUCAUGAAGUACCUUAUUCUCCUGGCUCUGUUUGCUGUUGCAUUCGCUGCCCCCAUUUGACAAUGAGGAUGACAAGAUUGUUGGAGGGUAUGAUUGCAGAAAGAACUCUGCAUCCUACCAGGCAUCACUGCAGUCUGGUUACCACUUCUGUGGUGGCUCCCUGAUCUCCAGCACAUGAUUGGUGUCUGCUGCUCACUGCUACAAGUCCCACAUUCAGGUAUGUCUAGGUGACCACACAACAUUGUCACUGAGCUGUUCAACUCAGUGAAGGUCAUCAUGCACCCCAGUUACAACAGCCGCAAACUGGACAAUGACCUGAAGCUGAACAAGCCUGCCUCCCUGAACAGCUACAUGUGCACUGUGGUCAUGCCCUGCCGCUAUGCCAGCUCUGGCACCUGCUGGCUGGGGCUACCUACCCAGCAGAGGCUGUGAGUAGCAUCAACAAUAUGCCCAGAAAUACUUUUGGUAUUUGUUGUUUAUCAAACCAAUUAUAAAUUAUAUCACUGACCACUCAGAACCAAAGGGAGAAUGUUUGACAUACUAGCCUUCUACCCCAACCCACUGUUCUGCCUGGAUCUCCCCAUGCUGAGCAGCAGCAGCUGUAAUAGCACCGACCCUGGACAGAUCACCUCCAACAUGUUCUGCACUGGAUUCAUGGAGGGAGGCAAGGAGUCUUGCCAGGCAGCUGAAGGGUGCUGUGUCCUUGGGUUACAGCUGUGCCCAGAGGAACAAGCCUGGUGUCUACAACUCCUGGAUCAGCAGCACCAUGUCUUCCAAAUAAUUGAUUUAGACUGGAAGAGACAUUCUAAGACAGAAACCCAUGAUAACUGCGCUGGGAACAUGUGACAGUGGAAUGGUGACGUCAAUAUUCAGCGACGCUCUACGGUUUGUGUACAAUUUCAAGCUUGAUGGGAGGGUUACGUUUAGGACAACUGCAUCAAAUGUGCCUUUGUUUUGUCUUAUAAUCGUGAGAAUUCCCUCGAUCCUCUAUUUGCUCAAGUGUAUCUGCACUUUUGCAUAUCUUUGUUGAUGGGUACUUUCAUAUAGUUGUUUUUGCACUAAUAUAAAGGAAUUUAAAUUCUAGUUUUCAGAGAGAGUGCAUGUCUCUCUUGGCCACAUUUUACAGUUGAUGAACGUCUGCUCCAGGACUUUAGCUGUAGGCUACCUGGUAUGAAUGAAUAAUAUCGUAUGCAAACGAAUGCACAUUAUAGUGAAUGUUGAUCUCAGUACGUCCCUGCACAUGAUGCUCUCCUAGCGCCCCUAUUUUUUUAAUGUGCCACUUAGUUGUAUCCUGUGAACAUAUGCCUUAUGCUGCCCUCACUGAAAGAUUAGUUAGUUGUCAGGUAGAUAUUGCUCACGUCCCCAACAAUGCUGUGGUACGGCCGGCCAUCUGUCGCGGUGUGAAUGGAACUGUCAGUUGGUCCGUCUGUAAACCAGGCCUGACUCAUGACUGAGUACUACGAGGAGGGGGGGCUGCUGUACGAGCACUCGCCUCCCAUGCACAUCAAAGUGGAGUCUCCGGAGGGACCCUUCGGAGGGGGCGUCUCAGAGGACGGCUUUCCCAGGGAGGAUGAGGACUCGGAAGGCAGCUGUGACCAAAGCAGCGGGCUGCCUGGUGGACUCCCCUUCAACGUGGUGGUGGUGCAUCCUAACAUCAUGACCCCUGGCAUGUCCUCAGAUGACCUCCUAUCCAUGGAACAGCACAGAGGUUUGUCCUCUGUGUUGACAGCAGGGGGUGCAGGAAAGAGGAAGAGUCGUUUUAGCGGUGCAGAGCUGGAGGUGCUUGUUUCUGAGGUGACGCGGUGUGAGGGAGAGCUUUUUGGUCCUGCUGGGAGGCUCCGGCGCAGGGAGAGAGAGAGGAUCUGGGCAGGGAUCCUGGAGCGGGUCAACGCUGUGUCCAGAGUCCCUCGUACCCUCCGCGAGGUCAAGAAGCGCUGGGACGACCUGAAGAGACGCAAUGGAGGCAGGCUGGCAGACGCUAGGCACCGCACUUGUUACCUGCCAUCCAACAGAGGGGCUUCCAUGCUGGGACGGUCAGCUCAGGCAAGCCCCAGACUUCACCAGGCCAGACAGAAGCAAAGCACCAGAGGGAAGGCCAGUUUCACGUGCUUCACUGAUGCAGAACCAGUGGGUGGAGGUGAAGGGUUGGAGAGGGAUGGCUUUGAGAAGGAUGAGGAUAGUGGUGAGCAGGAAGUGGAGGUGGGAGAGGCGGAAUGCGAGGGGGCAGAGAGCAGUAUGGAGGAAAAGCUGGGUUUAGGACUGGGACUGGGGAUAGGACCUCCCCCUAACUCGGAACGCUGGCUGCCUCCCUCUCCCCUCUACAGCGCCCCUUUCCUCAAUGGGACCCCUCAGCCUAGUCCCCAGCCAUCACUAGGGGCCCAGCAGGGACCAUUGGAGGCCCCUCCUCGCGGCUUAUGGCUGGAGGACGAGCUCCGCGGCGUGGGGGAGGCAGCUCUGCAGCUGGGGGAUCGGGUGGAGCAGAGUCUUCGGGAGUUUGGGGAGGGAUUCCGAUGUGAUAUGAGAACAUUAGUGGCCUCUCAAGAGGCACUGGCAACCAGCCUACAGCAAAACAAUGUUCUCCUGCAAAGGCUGCUGGGAGUCCUAGAGGCACAGCAGCAACAACAACAACAAACACCACAGCAGCAGCCACAUCAUUCCCAAAAACAACAGCCACAACAGUCAAUAAUGCAGCAACCACAACAGUUACAGCAGCAGCAACCACAGCCUCAACAACCAAUUCAGCAGCAGCUGCAACAACAACAGAUACAGCAACCCCAACUGGUGCAGCAGCAGCAACAACAACAGAUACAACAGCAACAACUGUUACUACAGCAACCCCAACUGGUGCAGCAGCAACAACAACAAAUACAACUGCUACCACAGCAACCACAGCAGCACCACCCCCAGAGUCCAAGUAAUCAACCAACUUUAGCAGUUGCCCCUGUACCACCACCCCCAGAUAUUCUUGAUGGUACCACCCGUCCAGAUCCACCCGUAGUCAUUAAUGGAACCGUCCAACGGCCAAGGCGGGGGAGAAUUGUUGACCAUAGACGAAGAAGAAGGCGUUAGAUAAAGAUGAAAAUAAGCUUUGAUGUACUUUAUUUAUUUUCUCUAAUACAAUCUGAUUUGAAAUAAUUGUGUCCCUCUAAUUUAAACCAAAGUCGAAAAAGUUGUUUCUUUAGCACAUUUGUUAUGUAGAGUGUGGAAAGUAUUCAGACCCCUUGACUUUUUCCACAUUUUGUUACGUUACAGCCUUAUUCUAAAAUGUAUUCGAUUACUGUUUUUCCUCAUCAAUCUACACACAAUACCCCAUAAUGACAAAGCAAAAACAGGUUUUUAGAAAUGUUUGCCAUUUUUUUUAAAUAAACUGAAAUAACUUAUUUACAUAAAUAUUCAGACCCUUUGCUAUGAGACUGAAAUUGAUAUCAGGUGCAUCCUUUUUCCAUUGAUCAUCCUUGAUAUGUUUCUACAACUUGAUUUGAGUCCACUGUGGUAAAUUAAGGUCCCACAGUUGACAGUGCAUGUCAGAGCAAAAACCAAGCCAUGAGGUCAAAGGAAUUGUCUGUAGAGCUCCGAGACAGAUCUGGGGAAGGGUACCAAAAAAAUUCUGCAGCAUUGAAGGUCCCUAAGAACACAGUGGCCUCUAUCAUUUUUAAGUGGAAGAAGUUUGGAACCACCAAAAUCUUCCUAGAGCUGGCCUCCCGGGUAAACUGAGCAAUUGGAGAAGGGCCUUGGUCAUGGAGGUGACCAAGAACCCGAUGGUCACUCUGAUAGAGUUCCUCUGUGGAGAUGGGAGAACAUUCCAGAAGGACAACCAUCUCUGCAGCCCUCUACCAAUCAGGCCUUUAUGGUAGAGUGACCAGAUGGAAGCCACUCCUCAGUAAAAGGCACAUAACGGCCUGCUUGGAGUUUGCCAAAAGGCACCUGAAAGGACUCUGACCACGAGAAACAAGAUUCUCUGGUCUGAUGAAACCAAGAUUGAGCUCUUUGGUAUGAAUGCCGAGCGUCAUGUCUGAAGGAAACCUGGCAACAUCCCUACGGUGAAGCAUGGUGGUGGCUGCAUCAUGCUGUUGGGAUGUUUUUCAGUGGCAGGGAGACUAGUCAGGAUCUAGGGAAAGAUGAACAGAUCACAGUACAGAGAGAUCCUUGAUGAAAACCUGCUCCAGAGUGCUCUGGACCUCCGAUUGGGGUGAAGGUUCACCUUCCAAAGGGACAAUAACAGCCAAAACAAUGCAGGAGUGGCUUCGGGACAAGUCUCUGAAUGUCCUUGAGUGGCCCAGCCAGAGCACAGACUUGAACCUGAUCGAACAUCUCUGGAGAGACCUGAAAAUAGCUGUGCAGUGAUGCUCCCCAUCCAAUGGGAGAAGCUUCCCAAAUAUAGGUGUGCCAAGCUUGUAGCGUCAUACCCAAAAAUACUUGAGGCUGUAAUCGCGACCAAUGGUAUUUCAACAAAGUAAGUAGAGUGUGCUCUGUACUGAGUAAAGUGUCUGAAUACUUAUGUAAGUGUGAUAUUUCUGUAUUUUAUUUUUAAUACUUUUGCAAACAUUUCUAAAAAAUAUAUAUAUUUUUUUGCUUUGUCAUUAUGGGGUAUUGUGUGUAGAUUGAUGGAAGAAAAAAACGAUUUAAUAAAUUUUAGAAUAAGGCUGUAACGAAACAAAAAUGUGCAAAAAGUCAAGGGGUCUGAAUACUUUCCGAAUGCACUGUAUAUAUUAUUCAAACUAAACACAGUAGGCUAAUUGAAGGUUCAGCCCUCAUCCACAUAUAUUAGCAUAAUGUAUUGGUUGGAAGUUGCUGCAAUAGAACCAAGAAAUGUCAGCGAUUUCUGUUUUGCCCAAAUCUUGUAGAUAGACAAUCAGCAUUACAUUUACAGAAAGCACUUUGGAGUCUGCAGCAAUCUAUCAUUAGAGCAUAUUAGUAAAUGAAACCAUUGAAAUGUAAUAUACCAAUGCAUAUGUACAUGUUCUGAUUGCUCAUCCAGUUUUAUGAUGCAUAUUAAACAUGCAUUGUGUGACAGGCUGGACAUACACAUGCAAAUCUUAGAAAAAAUAAGUAUUAUACAAUGUGUAUUUAACAUGUGAUGAUAAAUCAUUAAAAUUGGGCUGUUUAAGAUAUGGAAAUGUUUCCCUACAUAGCUCUUAAAUGAAAAUCUGCAUCAGUAUGUAUUUUGCUUCAGAUUUUCAUUAUUUGUUUCUCGUGAUGUUAUCAAUUUAUUAAGCAUUAUCUACAAGUAUGAUGUAUGUGUUAUCUUGCAUGCAGUUUCUGAUGUGUAGACAAUAAAAUGCAAGGGAUCUGUAAACAAAUUAAUCAUUUGUGUACCAUUUUGCACAAUUUAUACACCUAAAUAUAGUUGAAGGGUCUGACUCUGUUCUGAGACAUGUAUUGACUAAAGAUGAAUAAAGGCAACCCUGAACUAUA